GUUGAAGCAACAGAUUCUUCUACAAAUGAUGCAAUAAAACCGGCAGAUUUUAAGACCAUUCAAGAGGCAAUAGAAAAAUUCAAAAAAGAGUGGGCAACAAAUUCUAAUCAAUAGCUUAACUAAGAAAUGCCUCAAAAGUCGAAAACUAAAAUCCAUGCAAAAAAAAAGAAAUGUGAGACUGUAUUUCACGAAAUUAAUAGACGUUACAUACGAUUGAACAAGAAUGAGAGAAAAAAAAACACUGCUAUAUUAUUUUCAGUUUUGAAAGAAUUGAUCGAUGUUAUGCGAAGAAAUGACAAGCUUUUUGAUAGUUUAAAGCCAAAGCUGGAUUUUUUGGGCAGUUAUUUUGAUGGGUUACGUGUUGGUAAGCCGAAUGAAUACGAUAUCAAUAUAAUAUUAAAAUUUCCAGUGAAUUAUGGUAAAAUUAAAUUGGACGCGAGUAACUCGCCCAAUGAUUACACAGCUAUAAUAAUGCCAUCAGAGUUUCGAAGAUUAGCUAAAGCUGAUCAGGGAUUUUUAAAAACUAACUUAUGGUGUAAUAAAGAGUAUAAGUUGUCAAUGACAAAGUUUCGAGCAUGGAUGCAGAGCACGAUCGACGUCGCCCUGAACACUCUACCUUUAGAAGAUGGAAUGAGAAUCAUAAAUUUAAAUAAUAAAUAUAAAGUACACACGAGAUUAUCUGGCCCUGCUACCACAAUAACAAUUAUAAAAGACAAUAAUGAUAUUAUUGAUGUUGAUUUGGUUCCCACGUUUACGUUCGAUUUACCAACAACACCGAUUAACUCAAAUGUAGACUUUACAAAAAUUAAAAAUUCCAAAAUAUUUAGCUAUUUUGUAGUCCCCAAACCAAAUGUUGAUGAUUUCAAUUGGCGACUAUCAUUUCCAUAUCAAGAAAGACAAUUAUUAAAAAAUAGAAAUAAUUUAAAAAGUACAAUUAAGCUAAUUAAACAUUUCAGGGAUGUACAGUGUUUUACCCAACUUUCUAGUUAUUUUAUUAAAACUCUCUUUCUUUGGGAAUGUACUAACAACGACGAAAAUUACUGGAAAAAGCAUUCAUUAUCUUUUUUGGUACUUAAUAUGUUGAAAAAACUUAAAGAUAGUUUACGUGUUCACUGUAUAAUGAACUUUUGGUGCCCAAGUCACAAUGUUUUAGAAAAGAUUAAACCGGAAACUUGCCAAAAUUGGCACAAUUGUAUACGUCAUAUAAUAGAAGAUAUAGAAAAUAGAAGCAGUAAAAAUCCUGACGUUAUAAUUGAAUAUUUUAUAAGAAAAUAUUAAUACAAGCUUUAAGCUAUUAAAACAUAAUUUAUAAUGACCAAGGUCAUAUCAGUCAUUUAUAAUGACCAAAUACCAUUAGUGUAAUUAUAAUGUUUACUUUUAAUGCUGAACUAAUUUAGGGCGUAAGAUUACAUGUAAUAAAUACACCAGUAGAAGUAAUA